GAUGCUGAGCUUCUGGCGAAAUUAUCAUCAGCUUGCAAGGAUUUGCUCGAAAGAACUGACGAAAGUGGACUCGGCUGGCUGCAAACAACAGUCUGCAACUGCGAGGGUCGUUUGGACAACGUGAAAGCCGGCCUCAGGGUUUGGCACGACUUCUUAUCCAGAAUCUCGUCUUCUUGGGCCACAUUGACUCUGAAGCUACAAGAACCCAAAGAAGUCAUUUCCAGGGUUCUGAAAUUUUUUGAAAGACCGAAAGUCGUGCAAUUCGAAGACAUCGCCGCUGCUGUUGAGGAAAACAAGAGUUUGGAAGAAGAUUUGAGGAAUGCGGAAAAGGUGCUCAACGAAGCAUCAGCAGAUCUUGAUGAAUUGUCCAGCAGUGUUGUUGCAGCAAGAGACGUUCGAGACAUGCGACAAGACCUGAGGAUCAUUCAAAAUCAAUGCGCAGAUUGCAUUCAUCAAUUGAUCAUGGAGAGAAACCGAUUGGAUGAUCUCAAUGAUUGUUGGGUUUCUUACCGUGCUACGUACGAGAUAUUGAAACGUGAUUUGCAAGAAUCCAAGGAUGAAAUUUCCCGUGAAGUUGUUCCUUCUGCUGGAACCACGUGCCCAAACAUUCAGCAGCAGAAACGUUUUCUGCAAACUGCGAUGAACCGGUUUUUCGGACCUGGAAGUUCGAAUCAAGAGAAUUUCAGUAGAUUUGCUUUACUCGGUGACACUCUGCAAUCUUCACUAGCUGUUGUUGAAUCUGCUGAAACGGGGUCAGAGAAAAGCUCUGUGGAAGAAGUUGAAAAAAUGCGUGGAGAAAUUGAAACCUUUUGGAAUGAUCUUCGUGGUGGCUUCGAGACGCGAAUUUCUGCGUUGAAUCAGCUUUCAAAGAAAAUUGAAGAAGCCAAUGAACAAGCAACGGAACUGGAUCUCAAAUUGACCGAGUGUCAGGUGACUUGUCAACCAAAGUCUGUGGUGCCGAUCGAAACAAUUUCUUUUGCUCGUAUGGAAACCUCAAAAGCCCUGGAAAAAUUGGCCGAGUACGAAAGUGUGCUGAACUCAACCACCAGCCGAUUGGAAGAAAUUUCGGCGGAAGCAGAAACAAUCGGAGCCUCAGCAGAAAAGCGAAAUCUGCAACUCAGCAUUGAAGCCAUUCACAAGAGAUGGAAUUCAAUCAAGGACAUGGGCGAAGAUGAACUAGUUCAUCUCUCUCAGUUAUCAGAAGACGCUGAGAAGUUCGUCGACGCUUAUGGAAAGUUUGACAAAUGGCUGAAAUCUGCAGAAGCCAAAUUCAGAGAUUGCAAAACAUCCGCGGAUUUGCAUACUCAAGUAGAACUUAAGCAAGAAGCGGACAGAUUCCAGGAUUUAUCCGGAAGAAUUUUCAAGCAACUCGAGAACUUGAAGCAUCUCAACAAGUGUUACGAGUCCCUCGUGUUCAAUGGAGCCGAUGUGAAUUACAAGAUGUCGCCGGAUGAUGGUAAUGCUAGUGACUCGAAGAGCUUGAAAGACAUGGCGGAAGCGUCGAAUCGAAGAUGGCGGCGGCUAUCGGAUUACGCCGACAGGGUCAACAGGAGACUCAAGCACCAAAGAGACCAAUACUCGGCCCACAUGGGUUCUGUGGAGCAGAGCACCAUUCAAGUCUAA